AUGUUCGUGAAAGCGUGUGUACUUGUUGCUCUCGUCGCCGUUGCUUUUGCGCAACGUGCCACUCCACCAGCACCAACUGAGUGCCAAAUCUGCGAGCAUCUGAUCGCUCAGGCUAGACAUCACUUUAACAACAAUGUUAGAAACGAGAAAGCUCUUCAACAAGAGCUGCUCAAUGAAUGCAAACACUUACCACCACAAGAAGCAUCUGGCGAGCAAACUUGCAUCGACAUGGUAAACAAGAACAUCGACAAGAUCUUCUCAGACAUCCAAGCCGGAGAUCGUGAUGGACAGACCUGCUUCGACAUUGGCGCCUGCACCAGCAUCCCCACCUUCCAGACUCGCCCGUAUCACACCAGACCACCAGUGGCUCUCAGGGCUCAACGCCAGUAG